UGUCUCUGUUUCCUGCCUCUGGCUCACUUUGUGGCUCCGAGACUCAAAGUGCGCAAAGAGGAGGAAGAUGUCCGCCGUGCAGCUAAUGCGGGUGUCGGUACAUGAGCGGAUCAGCGCCGCCACCGAAGACUUUCUACUGCAGCUGGAGAAAGGAGGAGAAACGGCUCGAGUCCCGGCGCUGAGAGCGAUGCUAACCGAGCGGCUAACGACUGCGGGGGAGGAGAUCCUGGCGGUGUUCGAAGACAAAAUGGAGCGGUCCGAGCGGGAGAUCUGCUGCCUGAGGAGGCUGCUGGAGGCCGUGAUGAAGCCCGAACUCCGGCUGCACCGAGUUGACGUACAGCCGCUGAUGGUGAAUAAAGAAGAGGUUCCCCCUGAACAGCAGCAGUGGAGCCCCCUUGUGGACCAGGAGGACCAAGAGCCACCCCAUAUUGAAGAGAAACAGGAGGAACAGUGGACCAAUCAGGAGGGAGAGCAGCUUCAACAACUUGAGCAGGCUGAUAUCAAGUUCCCAUGGACUGCUGUCACUAUGAAGAGUGAAGAAGAUGAAGAGAAACCCGACUUGUCAGAGCUUCAUCAGAGUCAGACUGAGGAGAGCAGAGCGGACUGUGGAGAACAAGAACCAGCCAGGAACUCAGGUCCUGAUGGACAUUUACAACAAGGUACUGAGGACAAGACUAAAGACUCUUCUGAGACUGAAGACAGUGAAGAUGAUUGGAUGCAGACAUGGGAACCUCAGUCUGGUUUAAAUACAAAAAAUAACAAACAGCCUCUAAGUGAUAUGAAAAUUAAAACUGACGUACAGCAGCUGAUGUUGAAUAAAGAAGAGGUUCCCCCUGAGCAGCAGCAGUGGAGCCCCCUUGUGGACCAGGAAGACCCAGAGCCCCCCCACAUUAAAGAGGAAGAGGAGGAACCGUGGACCAAUCAGGAGGGAGAGCAGCUUCAACAACUUGAGCAGGCCGAUAUCAAGUUCCCAUGGACUGCUGUCACUAUGAAGAGUGAAGAAGAUGAAGAGAAACCUGAGUUGUCACAGCUUCAUCAGAGUCAGACUGAGGAGACCAGAGCGGACUGUGGAGAACAAGAACCAGCCAGGAACUCAGGUCCUCAUGGACAUUUACAACAAGGUACUGAGGACAAGACUGAAGACUCUUCUGAGACUGAAGACAGUGAAGAUGAUUGGAUGCAGACCAGGGAACCUCAGUGUAGUCUAGAGACAAAAAAUAACAAACAGCCUCUAAGUGAUAUGAAAAGUAAAAAUGGUAAGAAAGCAUUUGGUUGUUCUGAGUGUCAUAAAAGAUUCAGACGAAAGUGCGAUCUAAAAGUACAUAUGAUGACUCACACAGGAGAGAGACCGUUUAGUUGCUCCGAGUGUGGAAAUAGAUUUUUUCAAAAGGGCGAUCUAAAUGUACAUAUGAGAAUUCAUACAGGAGAGAAACAGUUUAGUUGCUCUAAGUGUGUUAAAAGAUUCAGACGGAAUUGCGAUCUAACUGUACAUAUGAAGAUUCACACAGGAGAGAAACCGCUUAGUUGCUCCGAGUGUGGAUUCAGAUUUUUUCGAAAGGGCGAUCUAACUGUACAUAUGAGGACUCAUACAGGAGAGAAACCGUUUAGUUGUUCUGAGUGUGUUAAAAGAUUCAGACGGAAUUACGAACUAACUGUACAUAUGAAGAUUCACACAGUAGAGAAACCGUUUAGUUGCUUCCGAGUGUGGUAAAAGAUUUCUUCAGAGUGGCGAGGUAACUGUUCACAUGAGGACUCAUACAGGAGAGAGACUGUUUAGUUGUUCUGAGUGUGGUAAAAUAUUUCCUCAAAAGGCUGAUCUAUCUGUACAUUUGAGGAAUCAUACAGGAGAGAAACCAUUUAGUUGCUCUGAGUAUGGUCAACGAUUUCGUCAAAAGGUCCCUCUAACUGUACAUAAGAGAAGUCAUACAGGAGACAAAGCACUUAGUUCCUCCUAGUAUGGUAGCCGCUUUAGACUAAUGGGUAAUCUAACUGCAUAUGAGUAGUAAUAUAGGAGAGAAUGAAAUUACUUGCUCUGUGUGGUCAAAUUUUUAAGUUGCAUCGUUUGCAACAAAAUUAUUAAUUAAGAUUGUCAGGAACUUUUCAUAUUAUCUAUAUUUAUAGUUCACUUUUGUAAAUAGAGAAUUUAGAAUUCCCCCUUUCACCUGAUUUUAUCAGAGUUAAACAAUUUCUUUCUCCCUAGAAAAAAUAACUCAUUCAAUAACUUGAAAGAUCUGUGUUGAUAUUUCUUGUUUCUACGGACUUCAUUUAUGCCAUAUAUAUUACAUACCCAUAUGUACUUAAUGUAUUUUUAAUAAUGUCUGGUAAAAAAGUUGGCCCGAAAUUAACAGCUGAAUAUACACAAGAGAAGUCAUACAGGAGAGAAACUAUUAAAUUGCUCCUAAUGUGGUAAAAGAUUUAAGCUAAUGGGCAAUCUGUGUAUAGUUCAAUAAUGAUCUGCUAUUAACAUUAAAGCAGAUCAUUAUUUUUCUUGCUCUGUGUGGAAAAAUAUUUAAUUGUAGUUACACUUUAAAGAGACAUGAGGAUUCAUACAGGAGAGAAAUGAAUCGUUUGCAACAAAACAUUUAUAUAGAACAAUCAGCAGCCAUAGAUAUUAUCCAUAUAAAUAGUUCGAUGUUGUAAAAAGACAUUAAUAUUCCCUCCAGCUGUUUUUACCAGAGUUAAACAAUUUUAAUGUUCCUAGAAAAUACAACUCAUUGAAUAACAUGAAAGAUUUGUGUUUAUUUCUUGUUUCUCCUGAAUUAUCCCCCAUAUAAUACACACCUAUACUGUGAAGGAAAUAAGUAUUUGAUCCUUUGCCGAUUUUGCAAGUUGUUGUAACUGUCUGCUAAACCUGCCAGGUUAUGCAGACUGUUUUAUUCUGUUAUUUGGGUUGGGCUUAUUUUGUUCCUUAUGUUCAACUAUGUGUUGGGUUAAUUCAGUUAGUAAUUUGUUGUCUUUGUACACGUAGUGACUCCCCUCGCAUAAAUACCUGUAGCUUUAAGGAGCGGACCAUUUUAAUAAACGCACCUUCCUUCACUUCCGGGCCAAGGCAAAUAUAAUUCCUGCUGUAUAGCUGCGGCACAAGAAUAGUAGCAGCAUGGAUGACAGACCGCAAGCAAAGGCAAUUCACAACCGUACGGACCAAAAUAAAUAUGGAUUAAAGUUUAACACCCCUCGCCGAGCGGAACGAGGUAAGGAAGCGGGUUCUGUUCACUUUGCUGCAGGUAGCAUGGAAUGGGAGUCACUAUGUCACAUUAACUCGCCAAACAGUGUCUCACAUGGUUAUUUGUUUGUUUAUGUAUUUUACCGGUUGUAUUUGGCUUUUAUUGAAUAAUUAUGUUGCAUUUAGUGUCAUUUUAGUUUUACGGAGCUGUGGCCUCAUUUGAGAACUCUCUGCAUCGUGUUUGGAUAAGCCGGGGGGCUGUUACAGUCGUUAAUUGUAAUGGUAGGUAAUUUUGUGUUGACCCGAAUAAGAUCACCAACAUUUGUCUACUUCUCACCAAGCUGCUUGCCGAUGGUCUUGUAGCCCAUUCCAGCCUUGGGCGGCUGUGGCUGAGGGGUAGAGUGGUAGUCCUCCAACCUGAAGGUCGGCGGUUCGAUCCCCAGUCUGAUCCAUCUGCAUGCCGAAGUGUCCUUGGGCAAGAUGCUGAACCCUGAAUGGCCCCCCAUAGAAUAACAAAGUGCUGCAAGUAGAUGCACUGUAUGAAUGUGUGAUUGGGUGAAUGUGAAACUGUAAUGUAAAGCUCUCUGAGUGGUCAUCAAGACUAGAAAAGCACUAUAUAAAUACAAAUCCAUUUACCAUUUGUGCAGGUCUAAAAUCUAGUCCCUGGUGUCCUUACAGCUCUUUGGUCUUUCCCAUGGUGGUGAGGUUGGAAUCUGACUGAUUGAUUCUGUGAUAGGUGUAUGAGUUUGUAUAUAUGUAAAAACUAAACAUGUAUAAAUGCACAUUUACAGCCUUAUUUUUAUAAAUUUUUGUUUAAAUUAUUAUUACAUAUAUUUUUGGUACAGGUAAACAACAUAUUCAUAGAUUUAUAGGAAGCUUGUUAAGUAAGAUAAUUGUUAAUUAAUGACAUAUGGAGAAGGGAUAAGAUUAAAUAAGUUUGUGCUUCUCACUCAUCUUCGAAUAUGUAGAUUAAAUCAUGAUGUCUGCUCAUCACUAAUUGUAAAUAUUUCUUUUGUCAGUUUAUAUACUUUACAUGUUGGUAUAAUUUUUCUUUUUUUAUUUACAUGUUCGAAGUAAAUAAAAAUGAAUGGAAAAAACAAACUGUUACUGUAUGACUGUCAAAAGAAAAUACAAUAACUAUGAAAUCAUGCAGUAUGUGCAUAAAGAUGUUUCUCAACUCGUUAA